UUUGAAGUUAGAUAUGAAGACAGUGAUUGCAAUUUUGGCACUUGUUGGGCUGAGUGGGGCUCUGUCCUAUACGGACGUGCUGGAGGCGGAGUGGGAGACGUAUAAGCUGGAAUACGAUAAGGUCUAUGAGAGCGAAGAGGAGGAGCUGCUGCGCAAGCUCAUCUUUAUCGAUAACAAGAGGCAGAUCGAUAGGCACAACCAACGCUACAGGCUGAACAUGGAGAGCUACGAGAUGGGCGUGAAUCAGUUUACGGACAUGCUGGACAAGGAGUUCGAGAGCCUGAUGUUGGGCAGCAUGAACAUAACGGAAUCCGAUGCGGAUUUAUUGUAUACGCCAGACGAGGCCUACGCGCUGCCCGCGGACAUCGAUUGGCGAAAUCGGGGCGCCGUCACGCCCGUGAAGAAUCAGGGCAAGUGUGGCGCCUGCUGGUCCUUCUCCGCGACGGGCACCCUGGAGGGCAUGCAYUUUCUGAAGACGGGCAAACUCGUCUCGCUCUCCGAGCAGAACCUGGUGGACUGCUCAACCACCCGCUAUUUCAAUAGGGGCUGCUAUGGAGGAAUGCCGGAUCGGGCACUGAAUUACGUGAUAGACAAUGGGGGCAUCGACACGGAAUACUCCUAUACCUAUGAGGCCAAGCAACUGUCGUGUCGCUACGAUCCAUUUCAUAUUGGCGCCCAGGUCGCGGGCGUGGUCCGAGUGCCGGCGGGCGAGCCCCACCUGGCCGUGGCAGUCGCAUCGAAGGGCCCCAUUUCAGUGGGCAUUUAUGCGAGCAACAAUUUCAGAAACUAUCGCGACGGGGUGCUGGACGAUAGGCAAUGCAACAAGAGGCCCAAUCACGCCGUGCUCGUGGUGGGCUUUGGCCGUGAUCCACAGGGCGGCGACUUUUGGCUGGUGAAGAACUCCUGGGGCGCCAGCUGGGGCGACGGGGGCUACAUACGCAUGUCCCGCAACAGGAGCAACCAGUGCGGCAUUGCCAGCAAUGCCGUUUAUCCACUCGUCUAACUGCUCCAUGUUCAGUUUCUUUCAGUUAUUCAAAUGCGAUCUAUUCUAUUCAAUUCGCAUCUGCAAUUGACGUGAGUGGCCCUCGUUGAGCAUAGGGCAAUAAAACAAUGCUUUAUAAAUAAGAUAAUUAAAUAAU